AUGGUGGGGAUAUGUGAUGAGGUGGGAAGAGAUUAUCCUAGAUCUGUUGUAAACGGCGGCGGGUUUAAGCCCACUGAUGAUGCGAUAUGCAGGAAUAAAAAUAUCAACAGCGCGUGCGCCACAAAUAAUGCAAGAGGCGAAGGCUUUUUUCACACGCCUGCGUGACUUCUAGAGUGUGACGCUGUAGCACCUCCUCUUACCCCUCCCUUUGUCCAGUUGACAGGAUCCUUCUCAGGCAGGAUUGGAAACCACUGACAGAGAUAAUGGCCGUUCCUCCAACCUAUGUUGACCUUGGCAAGUCCGCAAAGGAUGUCUUCACCAAGGGAUACGGUUUUGGUCUCAUCAAGCUGGACUUGAAAACCAAGUCAGAGAAUGGACUGGAGUUCACCAGCACAGGCUCUGCCAACACGGAGACAAGCAAAGUGGCUGGCACCCUGGAGACCAAGUACAAGUGGGCGGAGCAUGGGCUGACCUUCACUGAGAAGUGGAACACUGACAACACUCUGGGCACAGAGAUCACUCUGGAGGACCAGUUGGCCAAAGGGCUUAAAUUGACGUUUGAUUCCUCCUUCUCGCCAAACACUGGCAAGAAGAGUGGUAAGAUCAAGACCGGCUAUAAGAGGGAGCACAUCAACCUGGGCUGUGAUGUGGACUAUGACAUCAACGGCACGGCAGUGCACGGCGUGGCGGUGGUGGGCUACGAGGGCUGGCUGGCCGGCUACCAGGUGACCUUCGAGGCCGGGAAGAACAGGGUCACCCAGAGCAACUUUGCCGUGGGCUACAAGACCGACGAGUUCCAGCUCCACACGAAUGUAAAUGAUGGCACAGAGUUUGGUGGGUCCAUCUACCAGAAGGUGAAUGACCAGCUGGAGACAGCAGUUAACCUGGCCUGGACCGCUGGUAACAGCAACACUCGCUUUGGCAUCGCAGCCAAGUACCAGAUCGAUGCCGACGCAGCCUUCUCGGCCAAAGUGAACAAUUCUAGUCUUGUUGGCCUGGGAUACACUCAGACUCUGAAGCCUGGAAUUAAGCUGACCCUCUCUGCUCUCCUGGAUGGGAAAAACAUUAACGCUGGUGGGCACAAGCUCGGUCUUGGACUCGAGUUUGAGGCAUAAGGCAUGGAACGCAACAACACAUAUUUUAUUGAAAUAGCUAUCCUCACAACCUUGUUUCCCUUACAGUAGAUGUGCUAUGGUCGAGGUGAGGCGGCAUACAAGGUCAAAUCACGCUACAGUUGAUAUGCUACUUUUACAGGACCACUUCAGAUAAAUUAUUUUGGAAUACAGGGCCCAGUUUAGAAUAAAACUAUAACAAGUUUAAGGUAGAGUCUGCAAAAUGUUAAAAUGGGAAAGCUCUGUUGUGCAUUUGUAUUUCACUACAAUCAUGUAAACACUUUAAUUUUAUUUUUGUUUCAUUAAGGAUAAGAGAAAAUAAGAUACUGUUGGUCAAAAAAGGGCUUUGCAGGAGUUAGUACAGUUUACUUUCUGUCCACAAGGUGGGGCUGUUGCACGACAUUCCUUGGCGAAGGUGAUCUAUUCCUCUGUACUGGAGUUCUCUCAUUGUAAACUUCCAAAGAAGGGAAGUGUCUAAGAUAUAUUAUUAUGGGUUCGUGGUUUUUCACUUAAGCAGUAGUAGCUGAGGCACUAAAACCCUGUUGUGUACAUCCAGGAUUCAUUCCAAAUGGCACUGUUCCCUAUAUAGGGAACUACAUUUUAGGGAAUAGGAUGCUAUUUGGGACAGAUUCAUUUUUUUGUUUUUUUUGUUUCACUUGUCUUUCUGUGCAGUUGGUGUGAAUUGUCUUUUGUUACAUUGGUCAAAUAGAGCAAAAAUACUAUAAUUCAAUACUUGACCCACCUGUGAUGUUUAAGACAAACCUCUGUCAAUUGUUCCUAAAAAGAACAGGGAAGGUAACAUGUACUGCACACUAUUCAACAUCCCUCUUAAUACAAAUGCUUUGGUGAAAAGAGAUGAAUGGUAGUCUUCCGAUGAUUGUGUUGGAACAGACCAACUGCACCUGACAGUGUUAAAUAAAUACCAACAACAUCUUGA